CACCCAUUUUUACAAUUUACACACUUUGCUUGCUGGCGUUGAUGAAGUUCGCAGUCGGGUUUGGCAUUUUGCAGUACAUGAACUAAAUUGCAAAAAAUUCACCAGGAACCGAAUGACAGGACUCUGGGGUUGUCCUAAAUUUUAUGAUAGGCCUACCUCUCAGAGGAAGGAUACCAAGUGACGUCACCUACGCCUAUAUCUAUCUUGAAUGAGGAAGAUAAAAUGCAAUCCAUGGAUGGUAAUAUGAUGCACCAUGCAGGAAAUUGUUUCAUCCUUGAUAUUGGAAAACCCUGUUAAAGUCUCCUGAUGCCACUAUGCCUGUCUCUCUUAGUGUCUGGCGUGCCAGGAUCGGCACGUACAUGCGCCGUAAGCAGAAAGUGUAUGACUACUUCUACUACCUGAGGAGGUAUGUUUAUGGUCUUAAAUUAAUUGAAAAGGCGAAGAAAGCAGCUGAACACUCAAAAGAAAACGACAAAGGCAAUCGCCACAAAUCGUCUUUCAAUGUCUUUUCAACUGGUGAAAUUGGCAAAACUUGUAACGCAAAAUCUUGCCAACCUCCGCCUUCUAACGAUGUAAACCUGAAUCUCACUCAAACUGAAUCUUCAAGUGACAGUGCAGUCAAUAGUAACGAAGUCGAAACAUGUUCUCAGCCUGGUUACGUCGGGAACAAUGGCUCUUCGGGUCAUACCAAAAGCCCAGAUCACAUCGCUCAGGAUGGGUCUCAGUGUGCUGAUGGUCGUACACUUGCAACACACUCAACAAGUCCAACCAUGAAGAGAUCCACUUCUGUCCCUGAUCCUUCUGACACCAAACCUACCAAGCCAUGUGACCUAGACGAGUUGGACCUGAGAUACAUAACUAUUCAUCGCGCAUCACAUGCUAACCUCCAUAAUUCAACUCAAAUACGUGAACAAGACAAAGGUGGUGGCACAUCGGAGGUAUAUUCACAAGUAGCUACACACUUCGCUGGCCAUCAAGAUGGCGGCAAGCAGGACAAGGAGAUAUCGAACCCUUUUACCUCUGAGAUAGAUAACCAAUCUUUACCUGUUUCUCAACUGGAUAAAUCUAACAACGCUGAACACACAUUGUGCCCGAGGGAGAUUGCAGAGCUUUGUGGAGCACCAAUAUCUUCAGUCAGUAGAUCACGUUUACCUAGCAGUGGAUCAGAUGAAACACAAAGGAAUUCAUUCUUAUCUGGUAUGACCAACUUGCUCCUCCUGAGGUCCGGUGACGUGGAGAAAAAUCCUGGUCCAAAUACCCAGCCUGGGAAUCUAACUGAGUUCGAACUCCAUCUCCUUGCUGACGGUAUGGAUCCAUCAGACUUCAGGAAGGUUGGACUAGCUUUAGGAUUCACUGAGGCUCAACUAAGUCGGCUUGAAAGAGAUAACAUUGGGAACAUAAUGCAAGCUAUCUAUAAGAUGCUUUGUGAAUGGCUAAAGACAGUACGAGAUAGUGAGGCGAGGGAGACACUGUCCAACAAGUUAAAAGACAUAGAUCUGGUACAGCUUGCCGACAGUGUACAGAAAGGUAAGGCCGGAGAUCACAUACCAUCAAUGACGGAAGAUGAAUUCCAACGGGUCAUCAAAGAGGUCAAGAAAUAUUCGGCCAUUCACCACUGUCAAAUUCAAGCCGAUCCACUGAACAGCCGACUUAUACUUGAAUUUAAGCGGAUUUUCACAAAUCUGACGUUGAUGGAGGAAGAUAAGGGAACUGAGCAUAAGACGCCGCUACUCUACGAAGACCUCCUCAAGACCAAGGUAAACGGAGUCUUUCCUCAACGCUUGUUGGUUGAAGGUGAAGGUGGUGUGGGGAAGACAACUCUCUGUGCAAAGAUCCUUUGGGACUGGAUUCAUGGAGCAGGCUACCAAGAUUUCCAACUUGUACUUCUCGUCCUCCUUCGUGAAGUAAAGGAUAAGACUAUUGGAGAUAUUAUAAAGUCCUACCUCCCAGACGACAAUAUGGUUACAGCCAUGCAGCUAAACAAGUAUGUAUUUUCCCAUCAGAUAGACGUCCUUCUCGUUCUGGACGGUUUUGACGAGUUUGCUGGCGAUCUUGAUAGCUGUUACCAAAUCGCCCUUAUCAUCCUGAAUCGGCUAUUCAAGUCAGGGAAAGUACUAAUCACAUCAAGACGAUGGAGAUCAGAUGAGAUACGGAAGAUUCAAGAGCUUAGAAAGCUUUAUGCCUUCAUUGCCGUGGAAGGUUUCUCUGAUGAAAAUCUAUCUUCCUACGUCACCAAGUUCUUCCAUCCAGACACAACUUCGGCUGAAGAUUUGAAUCGAUUUAUAUCAAAUAACGAUGUAAUCAGAGAUAACAUGGCUCCAUACCCCAUAUACACAGCUAUGCUGUGUAUCAUGUGGAAAGAUUUCGAUGGCGAACGUCGCAUAGCAAUGUCGAAGUUACAAACAUUUUCUCAGCUGAUUGAUGAGAUGGUUCAAUUCUUGGUCGAUCAUUGUCUUUCAAAGCUCGGUCUGACGUCAAGAGACGAGGAAUGGCAUGUACAGCGUGCAGAAGUGCUUCUCCAUCUAUCCAACAUCGGUUGUCUUGCCUUCCAGGGGCUCAGGGAAAGGCGAUUAGUGUUCAGUGAACAAGAGUUCAAGAGCUGGCCAGGGUGUAUUAACACAGGUUGUCAAGUUGGAGUACUCACUAAACAAGCACCGAUCCUUCAGAGGAGACAACAAAGAUACAAUAAACAUCCCGCAGACUCAUCCGUGCAGUUCCCCCAUAAGCUGUUUCAGGAGUAUCUAUCAGGGAUGUAUCUGGCAUCUCUUCACAACUCAAACAGAAGCGAAUACUACAAGUUGGUGAAAAAUAUUAUGAACAACAUCUGGGAAUUCAAAGAGCUUCUGUACUUCGCCUCGGCCCAGCAGAAGGAGGUCGGAUUAGAUAUCGUGUCUCAUCUCAUAGUAUCAAGCGAUAAAGACUUCAUUGUUGACGUAGCAUAUGAGAGUCAAGACCAAACAGUGGCCAAAGCUGUGGCAGAUCAUCUAUCGACUUCAUCCAGCAACACACUUGAGAUCAAGGAGUGGAUGCAAGCCCACACGGUAUCAGGACAUAUCUUCAUCAUGUAUCAUCGGAAAGUGGAAGAACUGGUAAUUGAAAAGCCAUGUGGACGGACUGCUUCAGAGGACCUGGCUGAAUUCAUGUGCUCCUCAAACACCCUGAGUUCUUUGACGAUCCGUAUACUUGGACGCCAAGGGAAUGCACAUAUGCAUGAUGUGUUCUACUCGGUGCUUGCUCGGAACGCCACUGAUACAAAGAUUGAGAGUCUUGAUAUCAAUGACAUUAAGCUCAGUCAACGUCAGUCUGCAUCCCGUGAUCUUGCUCAGUUCAUUUGUAAGAUGCCUCAUCUCAGGGAACUUCAUCUCGGUGAUGCAUACAGAAACACCGGUCCCUCGCUUCAUGACGAGUUCUAUUCAACGUUGUCAUCAUUAGCAUCGUCUGCAAAGGUAUCUUUUUAGUUUUUUAUUUUCGUUCUCUUCAAGUUUCAUAGCAUUUUUCUCCAGUUGAUGCAGUAUAACGUGAUGAGAAUUUUCACUUUUUAAAACUGAAUUUUGUCUAAUGUUAUAUACCAGAGGAAUGAUAUAUCAU